AUGCCAGGUAUCAAAGAUGCGAAAUGCAUCCUCGUUCUCGGUGCUACCUCUGGCAUCGGACGCGAUCUCGCCCUCGCUCUCCACGGCCUUGACUCCAAUCCGACAGUGAUCGUCGCUGGGCGCCGUCAGGAGCGACUUGACGAGAUAUCCAAGCAGGGCGAGAGGAUUAAGACGGCUCGUAUCGAUAUCACGUCGAGCGAAGAUACGCUCAAGGAGUUCGUUCAGCACACUCUGUCACAAUACCCAGACUUGGACGCCGUUAUUUUCUCAUCCGGGAUACAGCAUAUUUUCAAGUUCACGCAACCGGAGACUAUCGACUUGAGCAAAUUCCAGGACGAAAUUUCGACGAACUAUCUGUCGAUCUUCAAGUUGAUCGUGCUGUUCCUGCCCCACUUCCUGAAGCUCAGCGAUGAAGGCCGUCCUUCAUUUAUUAUUCCCAUCACAUCCUCGCUCGGCGUUCUGCCUUUCGCAAACGUGGCGAACUAUUCGGCCACAAAAGCCGCACUGCAUUCUCUCGCCCUGUCUCUGCGUGCUCAACUUUCCAAGACGCAAGUUCAGGUUAUCGAGAUUCUGCCUCCGCUGGUCGAAUCUGAGCUGCACGAUCACCAAGGCCUGACGCCUUUCUUGGCGAAGGUCUGGAUGCCUCUUGUCGAGUUCACCAAGCUGACGCUGGAAGGCCUCGUGCGGGGAGAUCCCCAAAUCGCUCCAGGCAUGGCGGGUCAGACAAUUGAGAAGUACCACGAAGGCAUAGUGGAAGCAGUACAACAGUUCUACGACAGGAUGGUAUCAACGCUUCCAUCGAACUGA